GCAGACGUGUACUGUGCCGAUUUCUGUGAGGAUGCGUUCCAAGACUUUUUCGUUUGGUCGGUUCUGCGGCGUCAUAAGCAAGCAAUUGGUGCCUGCCAAGUCUAAGGUUACAUCUCAACUGCAGUAUGCGAGCCUUCAUUCCAGCAAAAGUCUGUGCAAUGAUGGUCAGGACUCGGGCUGGUCUUCUCUUGUUGGGCGUCACUUCCUCACACUCAAAUAUUUCACAAAGGGUGAGAUCGAGCAACUGCUGUGGACCUCGGCAGACUUAAAGAUCCGCUACAAGCAGAAUGGGGAGGCCUACAGACCCCUAGAAGGGAAGUCGGCUGCUCUGAUAUUUGAGAAGCGUAGCACUAGAACAAGAGUUUCUAAUGAAACAGGAUUUGCUUUGCUUGGUGGACAUGCUGCUUUCCUAUCACCUGCUGACAUACAUCUUGGUGUCAAUGAAUCGGUUACAGAUACAGCAAAAGUCUUGUCUGGAUUUGUUGACAUUGCUCUUGCUCGAGUUUACGACCAUGAAACUCUCCUCACCUUAUCAACAGAGGGCUACAUUCCGAUCGUCAACGGUCUCUCUGAGAUUUACCAUCCCCUCCAGGCUCUGGCGGAUUUCCAAACCCUCCAGGAGCACUAUGGUUCUUUGAGAGGGUUGACCGUAGCAUGGGUUGGAGAUGGAAAUAACAUUAUUCAUUCCCUUAUGAUGGCAGCUGCUCCUUUGGGAGUCAACGUGAGAAUUGCAACCCCCAAGGGUUAUGAAGUCUUCCCACAGGUAGAGAAAGAUGCAGCUAAAUUGGCAGAGCAAUACGGUACAUCCUUCUACUACACCAAUGAUCCUAUGGAAGCGUGUCAAGGGUCAAAUGUCAUCGUCACAGAUACCUGGGUCAGCAUGGGUCAGGAAGAAGAGAAAGCAGAGAGAUUGAAGGCGUUUGAUGGUUACCAGGUCAAUAUGAAGAUGUGUGGGGUAGCCCAGAAGGACUGGACAUUCCUCCACUGCUUGCCCAGGAAAAUGGAAGAGGUGAACGAUGAGGUGUUUUAUUCUCCUAGAUCCUUGGCAUUUCACGCUGCAGAGAACAGAAAAUGGACAGCAAUGUCCGUCAUGCUCUCUCUACUAAAGGAUCACACACCAACAACGCCCAAACCAACAUACUAGGAGCAUUGCCAUCGAAGACCUUGCAUUUUAGAUGGAUUCUCAUCUGCACCGAGUCAGUAUCAUGAAGACAGUUCUAAUUACAUUUUAUAUGUAACUUGUGUAUUCAUCCUUGUUCCAAAUCCCUAGAUUUCAAAUACUGUCCACAUCCGAUAUUACUAAAUGUCGUGAUCCCUCAGGCACUUGAUGCAUUAUUGAUAAAAAAUCAAUGUGUACAAUUUCUGACCUCACCUUUGAAUUGAUGAAGUUUUAGUCUUACAAAGACAUAAACUCUGCAAUUUAUUUUGUCUGACAUGAAGCCUUUAUGACUAUAAGCCAGAGACAAAAUUGUAGGGGGGGAGUAUUCAAGUCGGUCGCCGGUGAGGCGCAUACAGUACCGGACAAGCUAAAAAUGAAUUCACAUCCUACCGGGUACCCAUUCAUAGCACCUGGGUCGAGAAUGGCAAAGUGUGGAUUAAUGCCUUGCCAAACGAUGCCAGACCGCAUUGGAUUUGAAUACAUGACCCUCUGUUUGCAAGGCGAGAGUCGGCACCACCAAACCACCGCUCCUUAAUCAAUAGUGAUUUGCAUGUUGGUACAUAUAUAACUUUGAUAGAGAUUUAUAGUUCACUAUGGUGUCUUGUACAGGACUGUUUGGUUAGUAGAAUGGGUAAUAACAAUGAAGUUUAUAUGACACCUAGAUAGAUCCUUGUGAUUUGACUGGUUGUUUGAUAUCGUUCAUUCAGUCCAUUUUGCAAUGACGUCAUCAGCUGUGCAAUUUUGGAUCCAUUCAUCGUGCAAUUUUGGAUCCAUACAAUUUUGUCCAUUGCACGUGCUCACCGAGCCUGCGCCUGCAGGCACCAGCAGUACGCGUGUUAUAAUGAUGUAACAAUGAACAUACCAAACUCGCACUGCAUGAGCAUGUUUGGCAUCAAAAUUCAUGAAUUUCAAAUGAAGAAAAAAACAAUUUUUAGGUGUCAU